AUGACUCGUCUGAUGGCUCAAGCUAAUGAGGCCUUCCUGGUGAAUCAACAAGCUAAUCAAAAUCAGAAUGGGGAAGCUGAUGAGUUUCGAGGACUAGGAAAAUUCCAAAAGUAUAACCCUCUCACGUUUAAGGGAAGGCAUGAUCUUGACGAUCCAAGUGGAAAAGAAAUUCAGAAAGUUGCAAUCGAGUAUGAAAAUAGUGGGGGAGGUGCUCCUAUUCCUUUGAGGCAUGGAAGGUUUCGAAAGCAAGUUGAUGUUCCUAACCCUAAGGAGAUUGAAUUCUUAAAGUUAAAGCAAGGUAAUAUGUAUAUGGUUGACUAUGCAGCCAAAUUUGAGGAACUAUUUAGGUAUUGUCCUCAAUAUAAUUGUGUGGAUGUUGAAUGUUCCAUAUGUGUGAAGUUGGUAAAUGGUAUGCGCUCCAAGAUUAAGGAGUUUAUUGGAUAUCAGGAGAUUCGUCGUUUCUCGGUGAUGGUUAAUAAGUGCAAGAUUUAUGAUAAACACACUUGGAUAAGAUCUAUUUACUAUAAGAGUGUGAAUGUGAAGAAAUUUGCUAAUUAG